UGCCCACAAAGGGAAGGAAGAAAAAUGCCUGUGGAUUUAGUCUGGCUCAGUAAGCAAAAAGGAUGCUGGCGGGUGCCCCAGUUGGACUCAUCACUGCCAUGCAGUAGUUCUCUUGUUGUCAGGCAGGCCCCCCCAGCAGCCAUUAUCAACAGACUAGAGUCUCUACAUGGCCUUGCUUGUUUUGUUGUGUGUAGGGUGGAUGAAGCUGUUUUUUAUCUGGGUGGUAAACCACUGCCUUGUAACCAGUGUUCAGUGAUUUUUGAUGCGAUGCUCGUGAAAAUUUGGAAAAAGGAAAUCCUGUACCCUUAUCUGCACAUAUACACCCAUACCAAUAGUUUUCAGAUCAAGUUCUUUUACCUUUUAAAGAUCUGUAUUCAGGUUUUGUUACGCCAGAGGACGCUACCAACUGGUAACCUCAAUUCUCGUUUUAAAGGCAUUUGGGGCUUGACAGUAUUGAUUAGGCUGCUGGUCUAGCCUCUGUUUGGUUGC